AUGGUUGAUGUGAAGCCACGGCCCGGCAACACACCCUUGCCGAACUCUGAGCUCACCAGCGGAGGGGUGAACAAGAUGAAACCAGCCUCCCUCCAGGCUCCUCCUUGCCGGACGGUACCAGCCCCGAUCUCUUCCUCCCAAGACUCAACUCUCAAGAGCCAGCUCAAGAACAAAACACACCCUUGCCGAACGGCAAGGGCUGUGUGGAAGGAAAAUGGGGGACUAAAAAUGGAUGCUCCAAGAUUUGCUCAAAAAUCCCCUUGA